AUGAAUCAUGAGCUUCAGAAGCAACAUGCGGAUAUGGUUGCUUAUGAAAUGAUUGAGCACCUGAAAGAAUUUUAUCAGGGGCAAGCACGGCAAGAGAGGUUCGAUGUCUCUAAGGCCUUAUUCCAAUGUAAGCUGGCUGAAGGAAGUCCAGUAGGACUUCAUGUCCUUAAAAUGAUUGGCUAUAUUGAAAGCAUGUCUAAGUUUGGGUUUCCAUUGAGCCAAGAGUUGGCCACUGAUGUUAUUCUUCAAUCGUUGUCGGAUAGCUACAGCCAGUUUGUCCUCAAUUUCAAUAUGAAUGAAAUUGAUAAGACUCUGCCACAGUUGCUCAGGAUUGCAAAGGAGUAG